AUGAGUGAUUCUUCUGAGGAAGAAGUUAUUCGCGAUCAAGUCCUUGUGGCCACUCUUUUUAUCGUUUGCUCCGGAAAGGCUUGUGGAAAUCCAGCAUACUCCAAAUGCGAUGAGUUUCUGGGCAGGCAUACAAUCCCUUUGAAUAUCACAUUCAUUCUUUUCUCAAGUGGAAUUCUGUUUCAUUCCGUCACAUCAACUGCCAAAGAUUGCCAUCAGUCCUGCAACUUUGCUACUUGGUUCACAAACUCGAAAUCAACUCCCGUUUCACCAAUGAAAAUGAAAGAACUUUUUCAUGAUCGAAUCGCCAUUGUUGCAAAACAUCCAGAUUGUUGCUUCGAGUUUGUCGGACUGCAUGUAGAUAAUGGGACAGUGGACAAACUCUGUCAUAGCUACAGCGUGGAACAAAUCGAAACCGUAAUUGAGCAAAAAAUGGGAAAAACGCCAAGAAGAAAAUUCAAGCAAGUUUUAGAGCUAUUUAGAAAAACGCUUUUUGCAAACACAACGUGA